UAUAUAGGCAGACAGAGUCCAACAGGAUCAGACCCAGUUUAGACACAGUCAAACAGAGUCAAGUACGGUCAAGUACACGAGUCAAUAAGUACAUCUGAACGACACAUCUGCACAUUUUCACAAUGGAGACAAGUGGAAAAAGCAAACAAAGCAAGAAAGGCAGGAAUAAGCGGCUUACCAACAACAGAGGUAGAGGUGAUGUCUUUAUUAAAAAGCCUCCUGUCUGUCUUGUGCGGAACAAGUCUGCAGACUUGAACUGUGAAAUGGAGCAGACAGUUAAAAGUGAGAAGUCUGUAGAACCAGAACCAGUAUCUGAAAAGCCACAGGUAACUCUCACUACUGAAGAGUCACAGUUAGAUGUGAACUCUGAGGAACAACAAGUAGCUAGAAAACAAUACCUUGAUUCACAACUGGCUCCACCACCACCUGUAAACCCAUGGACUGCACGUGCAGCCAUGCUCCAAAAGAAUUGCAGGAAGACUAAUGAGGCUGAUGUUCCCCUACUCAGUAGUCAAAUACCACAGCCUGCUAUAACAUCACAGUCAUCACAGGUAGCUGCCCGCCCCAAGAAAACUGUGGUUCCUAAAAAAGUACACAAACAGCCUCAGCCUCCUAAAGAAAAUCCUUGGCUGAAAUCCACCAAAACAAAAGAGACAAUUAAUUCCCUGGAGAUCGAUGAGAUUGACUUUCCCCCACUUACAGCUGAGAAGUGUGUGGUGGCCCCUGAAAAAAAACAGGCUGCAAAAGCCUUGAACAUCAGGAAGAUCACUGGAUCAGAGCACCGGCGGCCUCACACAGGACACUACAGAGUAUGUACGCCUCGGCGCACAGGAUCACAGUUAGCUGUGAUUCCAGAAGAACCAGAGUUAGAUGUGAUUGUUGAAGACAUCAGCAUACAUGUCCCCCAGCCCAGCAAUACCCCACAGCAGGCUCCAAUAUCAGAAGCCACCAAUCCAGCUGAGGCUUUCUUUCAGCAGACCGGGGUAAAGAUGAUAGCAGUCCCUGAGAUCGACUUCAUGGAAGACAAAAGUGAGGAGAUCAUCAAACUAGAAAGUGAGCAAGCAGCUUUGCUUAAAGAGGUGGAGCAACUUCGAGAAAUGCUCCAAACUCAGAGAGCUGUGCAAGCUCAAGAAGAAUCAAAACAUCAGACCAGGGUCGAGUACCUUCAGCUUGAGAUAUCCAACACAGAGACCUCAGAAAAGGAGUUUCUCUGCACGGUUACCAAGCUGGAGGAAGCUGUUGAAAAAGAAAAAAGCCAUCAGAGUGAAAUUGAAACAUCUAUGUCCCAUCUGAGAGCCGAAAACUCAAGACUGGUGGCUGCUCUGACCCAGGCAGAGGAGGACACAAAGAAGGAAACUAUCCAGUGGGAGGAGGAGAAAUCAAAUCUGCUAAGCAACAUCAAAGAAGAACAGCAGAUCCUCCAGGAUGAAAUGAACAGGACUACUUUAAUGGACAGUGCAGCCAAUCAGUCUGAAGAAAGCUCUAGACUGGUGGCUGCACUGGUAAAGGCAGAAGAAGAGUUCAAACAAGAGACCCUCCAGUGGGAGGAAGAGAAGUCUAAUCUUCUGCAAACAAUCAGUGCACAACAACAGGCACUCGAGAACAACACCAGUAACCAAUUAAGUGACACUCUUAACCAGAGUGAAGAAGAUCAGGAGGACCUCCCCAAACAGUGGGAGGAGGAAGAAGAAAAGUGCAGUCUCCUGACAAGUGUGACUGAACAACAAGAGGUCCAUAAAGAUGACCCCACCAAAAAUCUUCUGAAUGAAAGUACUGUCAAUCAGAAUGAAGACAACUCCAAACUGGUGGCUGCACUGGUACAAGCAGAGGAGGGUCUAAAACAGGAGGCACUUCAGUGGGAGGAGCAAAAGGCCAAUCUGUUGAAAAGUAUCACAGAACAACAACAGGCCGUUGAGCAGGGAACCAGCAAAGCUGAAAAUCAGGACAGACACAACGGUCUUGAGGAACAGGUGGCUGCGAUUUUGAACAGACCCAGAAAGCCUUCUCUAUGGAAAAGAUUCAAACGACUUUUCAAAAGAACUGUGCAACCUCCUGUGCCACCUCCUUCAUCCCAACCAUCCUAACCCUGCAACACCAUCGCAGUGGUUGAGAUAGCCUUAUGGUAAAGGUUUUCCCCGGGUGCUCCGGUUUCUCCUAAGCCAUAGGUAAAAUCAACAACAACAAAAAAAAAAAACACCCCCCCUCUUUCACCCCACAACCCCUAACACCCCCUU